ACUAAGAAACUAUUAUAUGACAUUUGCAUCUCUUUCCUUACAGUUUAAGGUCACCUUUACAGAUUUUGUUUUAGAAGGCCACAUGAGCAACUGUUUUGACAAGUUGCAGAUCUACAAUGGAGGAUAUUUCAUUUCCUCAUACCGGUCUGUCUUUUGUGGGCAGACACUGCCACCACCCAUUACAUCUCAGCAGAACACCAUGCAGAUCGUCUUCACCAGUGAUUUUGCUGACCCUUGGAAAGGAUUCAGGCUUGAAUAUGAACCAGUAUAAUGUGUGGAAAGAAAGACCUAAAGAACUUCCUAAAGAACUCCAUAGAACUUCCUAAAACCCUGACAUUGACACUUCCCUCAAUGCAUUCUCAAAACAGGAAGUGGAUUUAAAAAAAAAAA